AUGCUCCAACAACCAGGCAGUUCCACUGAUGACCUGCAGCACUGUCCAGCCUACAGUAGUCCCGACUGUGGCUUCGCCGAUCUCUUCGUGGUCAACGAUGGCAAGGACACACCGCGGGCGGAUGACUUGGGGGGCUCGUUCAAGUUCUCCAUGGAGCUCGGGCCGUUCACGUUCGCCCCCACGCCCACCUUCCGUGGCAACAGCAUUUCUGUCGAUGACUACCCGCUCAUCCCUGGCCAGUUCCUCUCGGCGGCACCGGUCGUAAAUUCCGCCAACCUGGAGGUCACGGAGGUCAGGGACCUGAUUCUGCGGCAGGGCGACAUCCCGGCCUACCCGACUGGCCACACUCUGGGCACACCGCGUUACGGGGUCGGUCGGGGGUACUCUACCAACGGGGGGCUAGGGUGUGCUGUGGAGGCAUGGUGGGAGAGGGCCACCAACGGCGGAGAAGACAUGGGCGUCCCCGUUCACCUGGCCGAGAAGAACGGCAGAUGGAGGGUCGGCCGGGGAUGGAUGUGCACCUUGGGACGAAGUCCGAGGGUGGCGGGAGGGUGGAAGGUCCAUCUUCCGUGGGACUCCCACGGGAAGGCCCUGAAGGCGGCGUCGUUGCAGCUCGGCGACGGCAGCGUGGUGAUGUCCACGGAGGACGGCCACAUCCUGUGGAGCUCUUCGCCCUCGCCGUGA